UUGUGAAACUCAGACGUUAGCGUUUCCCGGAAGUGCGUCUCAUUGUUGAGAGACGUUCACGGCGCCCCGACAUGAUUCAACCGUGAAACGAGUUUAGUUAGUUUUUAACACUUCUUGUCUUGUUGUCGCUUUUGACAACUGUUUAGUUUUCUGUUUAAGUAAAUUAUUGUAAGUUUUAACGGGGUUUGAAUCUAUCUUGAAGUGUAUCGGUGAAGAUAACUGGCUACUUCUGGACCAACCGCUGCCCUCCUGUGUUGACUUUUGAAACAAUGCUCCGUGGUACAUUAGAAAACUAGAAGCCCACAAUGAAUCCACAAACCCUGUCACUGAGAGCCCUGCUGAUCCUUGGGCUUUGGCACUCUGGAAGAAGGAGUCUAGCUUCAGCCCCAGAGCUGAAAGAACAACCUAAAAAGAUAGCUGUGGUCGGAGCAGGCAUUGGUGGCACAGCUGCAGCGUUUUACCUGAGGCAGGAGUUUGGAGCCGCAGUGAAGAUCGACGUGUUUGAACCUGGCAAUGUUGGGGGACGACUAGCGACAGUGAAGAUCGGAGAUUAUGAAUAUGAGACGGGGGGCGCAGUGAUCCAUCCUCUGAACCUGCACAUGAAGGAAUUCAUUGAAAAAUUAGGUAUUCCUCCAAGGAAAGAUGUCCCCUCUAAAAUGGCAAUAUUUGAUGGAAAGGACCUCACAUUUGAAGAGAGUGACUGGUUCAUAGUAAAUUUCUUGCGAAUUCUCUGGCGAUACGGAUUCAACUUUCUCAGAAUGCACAUGUGGGUGGAGGGCAUUUUGGACAAGUUUAUGAGGAUCUACCAGUAUCAGCAGUACGGUUACUCAUUCUCCAGUGUGGAUAGACUCCUUCAUGCCAUGGGUGGCGAUAGUUUUCUUACCCUGGUGAAUCAGACCCUGGAGGAAACUAUGAUAGACGAAGGAUUUUCGCAGAUCUUCCUCAACGAUAUUGUAGCACCAGUUAUGCGUGUAAACUAUGGCCAAAGUGUCAGAAUCAAUGGCUUUGUGGGGGCGGUGUCGUUGGCAGGAGCAGAUUCAGGCCUGUGGGCAGUGGAUGAAGGCAAUAAGAGAGUGUGCUCAGGACUGCUGUACCACAGCAAAAGUGACCUUAUACCUGCCAGAGUGACCUCCAUCUCAGUCAAAGUUCGACCAUCCAAGACAGGCACCACAACCAGUUUCUAUGAGGUUAAUUAUGUUGGAGAAUCAGGCUCAGCACACUCUCUGUACGACAUAGUAAUAAUAGCAACACCGCUUCACCAGGGAAAGUCAGACAUCACCUUCUCAGGCUUCUCCCCUCCAAUCCCGUCGCACUACCCCGGACUUUACCACCAGACUGUCUCCACUCUGGUCCACGGCAUGCUGAACGUGUCCUACCUGGGGACCACAGAGCCCGCUUCCAAAUUCACUGUGUCCGACAUCCUCACCACGGACUCAAAGGGCUCCAUCAUAAACAGCCUGAGCUCUCUUGACCCUGUGCACAUCCCUAAGGGGUACAAGCGACCACCUGCGAGCCAAACCAAAGUCUGGAAGAUUUUCUCCCCAAAGCCGCUGACUGAGGAGCAGCUGCAGGACAUGUUCCUCUCCUGGGAUUCAGUGUCGGAGACUCGGUGGCUGGCGUAUCCUUCUUAUCGCCCACCGCACCGUAAGACGCCUCCCUUCAUCCUGCACAACCGGCUGUACUACAUCAACGCUAUAGAGUGGGCAGCUAGCGCCAUGGAGAUGAGCGCCAUCUCUGCCAGGAACGUGGCCCUGCUGGCACACCACCGCUGGCACCAACAGGCCAGCAAGAUCGACCAGGAAGACCUGCACACCCGGUUAAGAGGGGAACUCUGAAGAGGUAGAAAAUAAAUAAAUAAUAAUAAUCAAGUACAGUGUAAACCCACUCAGAUAGUCCUGGUCACGCCUGUUGCACUAUAACAACGCUUCUGUCAGGACAAAUCCCAUUCUAUAUCAGGUAUCUGUGGUGCUCUGCUGCCUUAGAGAACAGUUUGUGGUUUAUUGAAACUUUGUUCCAUUGUUGUAGUUUUGGCCACCAUUUCUUAUGGAAGCUCUGAGAGCCAAGUAAGAAAAGAAAUCCAUUUCCUCCUUAUUCUCUCAAGUCUUUUCUCUUCUGUUUGUAUAACUAAAGCACACCUAAAGUACAAAGAAAAGAUUUUCCUGGCAAAUCUCUAACUAUUAUUUCAUCUGCUGAACAUGUGGAGAAAAAAGUUUUGCCAUGUGAACAGAAAACGUUUUGCCAGUAUUAUUUUUUCUGAGUUGGGUUUCUUUUUUCAACAUUUUAUUUUCAUUGUUCAAGUGCUAAAAGCAUCCAUUUUAUUAUAACAACUAACAAAUAAAUGAUCCUCACAAUUUAUGUUCAUCUUCAAAAACAUUUUCACCAGUUUUCUCAGAUGAACUAAUACAACCAAACCUUUAUUUUCAACUUGUUUCACACAUUUUAAAAAAUAAUGAAUUAAGAAAGAUUAUCCUGGCAAAACCUUUAUUUUCAUCUGUCAUAAACACAGGAGACAAAACAAGUUAGAUAAGACUUGGACCAGAUUUUUUCCUCUUAAAGCACCUGUAAUUUCUCUCUUUUACUCAGCAAAGUAAUUGCUCAGAUCUGGGAAAAACAGUGACAUCACGAGCCACAAUGAAAUCUCAUGGCAAAAAACACAAGCAGUCAAGUCAACAGUUUAACCAGCUCAGCCGUUUUAUUUUAAGGUAAAACCAUUAUUAACCCCUUGUUGCACAGGAAAACUACUUGUGCACACAGCCACUUUGAACAUGUUUUAAAAGAUGAACCAGAAAGUCGAUCUGUUAGCCUGGGGGUUUGUUUAAAACUCACUCCUUUUCUUUGGCGUCAUCUCUGCUUUCAGGUAUCUCCGUAGUUAACGUGGUGAUUAAAAUGUUCACCAAAACUAUGUUAAAAAAAAAGUUGAUUCAAUUAAUCACCUAAACAGGAGCAACUAUUUAUUAUUCACCACAAGCAGAACAAAUCAAACUAAAAGGUGGGUCGACAUUGUACUGUGCUGGAUUUUGGGAUCACUGUGAACCAUGCUGCACUCCAGGGUACACACAUAAUAUUAAGUGUUCCUCUGUCUAUGUGUGAAAUGAUUUUUAGAUGAUUUUUUUUGUAUGUGCAAUGCUGCUGUUGUUAACACGGUAUGGCUAACUUCUAGCAAAUCAGCUUGUCCAACAUGUCCUUUUAUUGAUGGAUUUAUGCGACUUUGGUGAUUUCUUAGUCUCUACCUCCUCGGCAGACUUCUGUAUAUGGUAUUAACUUGUGCCGCUAAAACUUUGUCUUUUAUAAAUCAGAUGUUAUUGAUGACAGUUUAAGGAAUACCUGUAAAAAUGACCAUUUGUGUCAUUAUUCACCCUGUAUUACCUUUUAUCCUUUCAAUCUCCAUUCACCUUGACGGCAUACAAGAAAAACAUAGUUUCUUCAAGAAUUUGAGGUAACGGAGUGAGUAAUUUAUAUUUUUAAUCUUAAACUAUGUCUUUUAAAAAAGGAAUAAUAAGCCCAUGUAUUUCUUACUGUUUAAUAUAUUGAAAAUGUUAAGACUGUAAUUGACAGUCUAAUCAUACUGACGAGGUGUAUAAAUUUAGCUUGUUAUAACUAUGAUUGUGCCUUAAAGCUAUCAGAGUAUUUGGCUUUAUUUAAUAAGUCUCCCUUUAAUUUUAGGAAUCAUUUGUCCUUUGGGUCUUCCUGUCAUUUUUUAAUGAGUGAAGGUGAAAGUCAGGCCACAGGGACUAAACUGAAAAAGUACAAUGCAUUUGUGUGUUUUGUUGUCACACUGAGGAGAAUGUGUUGUGAAUUAUUUUGUACCUGUGAUUUAUAAGAUGUCAAGUCGCUUAAAACCUACUGUAGCAACCUAAACCACUUCCAUGUUCUUUAGCCACUUUUGGAAGAAAAUUGUAGUUUGCUAAUUGUUUUUUAAGCACUUUUAGAGGUGUAUUUUUCGAGACUUUUGCAAGAAGUUUUCUGGUUGUGAGUAUAUGUCAACACAUACUGUAGCAAAAAUAUGAAUUACAUCAGUUUUACACUUACUUCUCUUUGCAAAUGUCAAAAAACAACCAUGUAGAAUAUUUAGACUGGUUUCUUCUGCACAAAUAAAAUUAGGCUUUUAAAGACAAAACUUUUGAUUUCAGAUUUUAAACAAUACUGAAACAUUCCAGACCAAACAGUAUGUUUUGCAAAUGUUUACAAUCACAAUAAAGGAAUGAGACCUUC